AUGUCCAUCUCCUCGGUGCCGCUGUCGCUGUCGCUCGGCUUCUUGGUCGCGGCCUUUUUUGGCCUUCGGCUUCUUGGUGGCGACGACGACCCGUACCUGGAUUUGAGGUACGAGGGAACGGACACGAUUCUGCGCACCAAGCAGCCGGCAGUCGGAAGCGAGUUCGAGGGCGACUACGAGGGCGCCUUCAAGGCCGAGUACCAGCGCGAGUACGGGUUCACCAUUAAGGAGCGCGCCGUCGUUGUCGAUAACAUCCGCGUCCGCGCCAUCGGCGUCACCGCCAACGUCAAGCGCAUCCCCAAGCUCAAGCUUGACGCCCCCUUCUCCGAGAGAAACGCUGCCCCACAUGGUGGAGUACACGACGUGCUAUUUCGAGGGCGGCGGGUGAAGACGCCGGUCUACCAGCUCUCAGAUCUGGGCGCCGACGACAUCGUCGUAGGUCCGGCGAUCAUCAUCGACAAGACGAGCACGAUCGUGAUCGAGCCCCUGUGCAAGGCCAAGAUCACCAACUGGGGCGACAUCUCCAUCGAGGUCCAGUCGGCCCGCAAGGCCUCCAUCGGGACGGAUUUGGAUCCGAUCCAGCUGUCGCUGUUCAGCAACCGGUUCAUGAGCAUC